AUGCCAUCGUCUUCGGUGAAUAAGGAUCUUCAAGCCGAGCGGGAUAAGUGUAGUUUUGAUAAAAAUGAGUUUACCCUGUGGUGGGUUGGCGGAAAGGAUAAACUGAAGGAAAAGGAGGAUCUAGAACGAUUUUUUGAGACUGAUCCAGACUUCCAUAACGAAACACCCAUCCAUUUUCUAUCGCACAAGGAACUGUACGAGGAAACUAUUCGUCAGUCAACGGCAAUUUUCCAUAAAGUUCGCAAAUUCCACGAAAAUCGUGGCAAUGGCGAUCCAUCGAACUACAAGGAAAUCCUUGGUGGGUUGCUCGGCAACGGCAUCAUUCGUCAGGGAAACCCAUUGGGCAUCCAUUUUGCAAUGUUCGUACCGGCACUAUUGGGACACGGAUCUCCCGAGCAGCAGGCCGAAUGGCUUCCACGCUCCCUGAAAUGUCAAAUACUUGGCACAUACGCACAAACUGAACUGGGACAUGGAACCUUCCUCCGGGGGCUGGAAACAACGGCCACGUAUGACGAGAAGACGAAGGAGUUUGUUCUACAGAGUCCAACAUUGAGCUCGUACAAGUGGUGGCCGGGAGGAUUGGCCCAUACCGCCAACUAUUGCGUCGUGAUGGCCCAACUCUUUUCGAAAGGAAAGUGCCACGGUAUUCAACCGUUCAUCGUACAGCUGCGCGAUGAAGAAUCGCAUAUGCCACUGAAGGGAAUCACGAUCGGCGAAAUUGGCAACAAGCUCGGCAUGAACGGUGUCAACAAUGGCUUCCUGGGAUUCGAUCAGGUUCGCAUUCCGCGCAAAAACAUGCUGAUGAAGAACGCGAAGCUGCUGGAGGACGGAACGUUCGUGAAGCCACCAUCGCAAGCGCUCACCUACGGUACGAUGAUGUUCGUACGGGUGGUGAUCGUACGUGAUACGGCUUUUCAUUUGGCAAAGGUCGCUACCAUAGCCGUGCGAUAUUCGUCGGUUCGCCGACAGAGUCAUAUCAAUCCGGAUCUGCCGGAAGUUCAAGUGAUCGACCAUCUAACGCAGCAGUACAAGCUGUUCCCGCCGAUCGCUAAAAGUAUCGUAUUCAAGCUUACUUCGGACAACCUGUGGGAAAUGUACAAUCAAGUGACGGCCGAACUGGACCAGGGUAACCUGGAGCGUCUUCCCGAACUACAUGCCAUCGCAUGCUGCCUGAAAGCGGUCACUACAGCGGAUGCGGCGAAGAGCGUAGAAACACUGCGUAUGGCAUGCGGUGGUCAUGGCUAUAUGACGUGCGCCAAUUUUUACAACACCUAUGGAUUUGUAACGGCCGCCUGUACAUAUGAAGGAGAAAAUACGGUUUUGCUGCUCCAAACUGCACGGUAUCUCGUGAAAGUGUGGAGCCAAGCAAUCAAAGGGCAACCACUUGUGCCAACGGUCCAGUAUUUGAGUAGUUUUAUCCAGAGCAAAAACUCUCGCCAUCCCUGGAUCGACACAGUGCCCGGCAUUAUCAAAGCACUGCAGACCGUCGCAGCAAGCAAACUUCGCAUAGCCUACGAACACAUCGAGCAGCGCAAAAAAGCUGGCUACACACACGAGGAGGCGGUUAAUUUGACCUCUCUCGAGCUUGCCCAAACAGCCGAAGCACAUUGCCGUGCGUUCCUGGUGCAGUCUGGUUACGAGAUGAUUGAAGCGCUGUGUCAGAAAGUGUCCGCUCCGUUUGCCAAAGUGAUGCGUACCAUCGGGGAGCUGUACGCGUACAACGAGGCGCUUGAGUCAAUUGGCAAUUUGGUGCGGUUCACCGCAAUCAGCGAGAGCGAUAUCAAUCGACUGCAAUCCAAGCUCGAGUCGGCCCUCUUGGCGAUUCGUCCGAAUGCGGUCAGUAUUGUGGAUGCGUUUGCUAUUCCGGAUAUUCUGCUGGGAUCGCCGCUUGGUGCGUACGAUGGAAACGUGUACGAAAAGCUCUACGAAGAGGCACAGAAAAGUCCGCUCAACAAGGAACCGGUGAACAAAUCAUUCCACCUGUACUUGAAACCAUUCAUGCGUUCGAGCUUGUAAGUUAGCCAACGGUUAGAAUUGGUUAAGAAGCGAAGCUUUCGCUAUUAAAACAA